GAGGUGUUUAGUGCAUGCGCAUUACAGCUCCAUCAUUGUGUCUACAGGAGCAGCAUUUAGAGAGACAAACCUCGCUUACCUUUGAAAACAACCCGUGUCAUUUUACACAGAAACUACCGCUAGACUGGGCAGACAGGGAGGACCUGUGAAUUAUGAAGCAAUGCUCCGCCGGACCCUCUCUCUCCUGCUCUAGUUACAACAACUCCUGCUGCUCCACCGCAACCAAAAACGCUUCUGCCACUGCUAGUGGUUUGGCUGCCUCCUAAAGGAACAAAAAGGAGAAUUCGCAGUCCUCAUCAGCUGUUGUCUAGUCACAUAUGGUGCAUCGUUUGCAUUCCUGAGUUGACAUCCCUACUGCUCAGCUUCUUGCCAGCCUGUGGCACUCAUAGUGUUCAUCAGCACAGGAUAUUAAUAAGCGUGUGCUCUUGUGUUGCCUGGAUUGUACAAGGCCUUUUUGUUUAUUUUAUUUUUCCUAUCCACUGCCACACGGGUGGUGGCAGGACAUCAUAGGCCAUGGAGCCCAAUAUAGAGUACUGUCUGACCCAGGUUCUACAGAAGGAUGUGGCCCGCAGGUUGCAGAUGGGUCCGGAGCUCAUCGACUACAUCACAGACGCUGACAAAUGUCACGACCUGGAGAGUGACCAGACUGCGCUGGAUAAAAUGGUGGACGGUAUCGCCACCUCUUGGGUCAACUCCAGCAACUUCAAGUUGGCUUUGUUGGGAAUGGACCUUCUAUCUGCCUUAGUGACGAGAUUACAGGACCGAUUUCGGCCCCAAGUUGGUACAGUUUUACCGAGCUUGAUAGAUCGGUUAGGCGAUGCCAAAGAUCAAGUCAGAGACCAUGAUCAAACCCUUCUGCUGAAGAUCAUGGAGCUGGCAGCUACACCUCAGUACAUAUGGGACCGAAUGUUGGGGGGGUUCAAACACAAAAACAACCGGACCAGAGAGGGAGUGUGUCUCUGUCUCAUCUCAACUCUGAACACAUACGGUGCCCAAGGCUUAACCCUGAGCAAAAUUGUACCACAUAUAUGUAAUCUACUCGGAGACCCCACAAGUCAGGUUCGGGAUGCGGCCAUGAACUGCCUUGUGGAAAUAUACAGACAUGUUGGAGAGAAGGUUAGGAUUGACCUCAGUAAAAAAGGACUGCCGCAAUCGAGGUUGAAUGUUAUUUUCAGCAGAUUUGAUGAAGUCCAAAGAUCUGGGAACAUGAUCCUCUCCUCAGGUUCAGAUAAGAACUUUGAUGACGAGGACUCUGUGGAUGGGGGCAGGUCCUCCUCCUCUUCCUCUUCUAAGGGCUUCUCCAACAGCAGGAGAGGGGGCAGCAUGGGCUCAAUGAGACGCCCCAGUUCUGCCUCUGGAUCCAGGGCUCCAGGGAAGGAUAGUGUCAGUGCAGGGGCUGUGGAUGAAGAGGAUUUUAUCAAGGCUUUUGAAGAUGUACCUACAGUUCAGAUAUAUUCCAGUAAGGAGUUGGAGGACUCCUUGAAUAAGAUCCGUGAAGUUCUGUCAGAUGACAAGACAGACUGGGAACACCGUGUCACUGCUCUGAAGAAAGUGCGCUCGCUGGUUCUGGCUGGUGCAACCGAACAUGAGGGCUUUCUUCAACAUCUACGGCUUUUAGAAGGUGCCUUCAAGCUGUCGGCUAAAGAUCUUCGGUCUCAAGUGGUUCGAGAGGCCUGUAUCACAUUAGGGCAUCUGUCUUCAGUGCUGGGGAAUAAAUUUGAUCAUGGGGCUGAAAACAUCAUGCCUACGCUGCUCAACUUGGUUCCCAACAGCGCCAAAGUUAUGGCCACAUCUGGAAUGGCAGCCAUCCGCCUCAUCUUGCGACAUACACACUUCCCACGCCUUAUCCCGAUCAUCACCAGCAACUGCACUUCUAAAUCGGUGGCAGUUCGGAGACGGUGUUAUGAGUUUUUAGACCUGUUAUUGCAAGAAUGGCAGACACACACUCUAGAGAGGCAUGUGGCCGUUCUCACCGAGACCAUCAAGAAGGGGAUCCAUGACGCGGACUCAGAGGCCAGAUCCGUGGCCAGAAAAUGUUACUGGGGAUUCCAUGGCCAUUUCAGUCGAGAGGCAGAGCACCUGUUUCAGGCAUUGGAGUCGAGCUAUCAGAAGGCCCUCCAGUCUCACCUGAAGAGCUCGGACAGUAUAGUGUCUCUGCCACAGUCUGACCGCUCCUCCUCGAGCUCGCAGGAGAGCCUCAAUCGACCGCUGUCAGUGAAGAGUGUCAUUGGAGGCCCUGUUACAAGAAGUAAAGUGAUCGGCUCUAGAGUGUCCUCUACCCCUGGUGCCCUCCAGCGUUCCCGCAGUGACAUAGAUGUGAACGCAGCCUCCAGUGCCAAAUCUCGCAUGUCCACCGCAACCUCCCCAUCUCCCUUCAGCUCCGCUGCAGCUCUGCCUCCAGGCUCCUACGCCUCCCUGGACGGUGCAUCUGGUAAACUAGAUGGUCGUGUUCGGACAAGAAGGCAGAGCUCGGGCAGUACGGUCAGCACCAACAGCACUGUUACAGACAGCCGUGGUCGGAGCAGAGCUAAAGUGGUCUCCCAGUCCCAACCCGGCAGCCGAUCCAGUUCUCCAGGGAAGCUUUUGGGACACGCGUAUGGCAGAAUUCCUAGAGCCACUGCCCCUACAACUCCCUCAGACAAGUACUCAAGGGUCCCAAAAAGCCAGGGAUGCAGCCGUGAAACCAGCCCCAGCAGACUGGGCAUAGCCCGGAGCAGUCGCAUCCCCCGCCCCAGCAUGAGUCAGGGGUGCAGCCGUGACACCAGUCGCGAGAGCAGUCGUGACACAAGCCCCGCUCGGGGCUUCACUCCUCUUGCCUCCCGACGUCACUCUCGCUCCACCAGUGCGCUGUCCACGGCUGAACCCGUGGGCCAGUCAGAUCGCUUAGGCCUGAUCCAUCAGGCUCGCAUUUCUGCAUCUGUCAAUGCUAUGAGGGUGCUGAACACUGGCACAGAAGUGGAGGCUGCUGUAGCUGAUGCUUUGCGCAAGCCUUUGAGAAGGAGGUACGAGUCCGAUGAUGAUGCCAACAGCGACGCAUCCAGCGCCUGCUCAGAGCGCUCCUAUAGUUCCCGUAACGGAGGCAUUCCUCACUACCUACGUCAGACAGAGGAUGUCGCCGAGGUGCUAAACCACUGCGCCAGUUCCAACUGGUCAGAAAGGAAAGAGGGCCUGCUGGGUCUGCAGAACCUGCUGAAGAGCCAACGCAUUCUCAGCCGUGUGGAGCUCAAGAGGCUAUGUGAGAUCUUCACCAGGAUGUUUGCAGAUCCUCACAGCAAGAGAGUGUUUAGCAUGUUCUUAGAGACUCUAGUGGAUUUCAUCACCGUGCACAGAGAGGAUCUCCAAGAUUGGCUUUUUGUACUGCUCACUCAGCUGCUGAAGAAAAUGGGAGCUGACCUCUUGGGCUCAGUCCAAGCUAAGGUCCAAAAGGCUCUGGACGUCACAAGGGAGUCUUUCCCCUUUGACCAGCAGUUUAACAUUCUAAUGAGAUUCAUUGUUGAUCAGACUCAAACCCCCAAUCUGAAGGUGAAGGUGGCCAUCCUUAAAUACAUUGAAUCCCUGGCACGGCAGAUGGACCCUGCGGACUUUGUGAACUCAAGUGAGACAAGAUUAGCGGUGUCUCGCAUUAUCACCUGGACCACUGAACCCAAGAGCUCUGAUGUUAGAAAAGCCGCCCAGGUGGUGCUGAUCUCACUCUUUGAGCUGAACACUCCUGAGUUCACCAUGCUGCUGGGCGCUCUGCCUAAAACAUUCCAGGAUGGAGCCACCAAGCUCCUGCAUAGCCAUCUGAAGAACUCAAGCAACACCAGCAGUGUGAGUUCACCAAGCAAUACAAUGGGUCGCACGCCACCCCGGCACCCCACCAGCAGGACCAGUCCUCUCACCUCGCCCACAAAUUGUUCCCACGGGGGUCUGUCACCCAGUAUGCUUGAGUAUGACACUGAGAACAUGAAUUCUGAUGAGAUCUUUAGCUCACUGCGCGGUGUCACAGAAGCAAUCCAGAGCUUCAGUUACCGCAGCCAGGAGGACCUGAAUGAGCCAAUCAGACGCGAUGGGAAGAAGGAUGAUACUGCUGGUAAGGAAGGGGCAUCUCCAGGGUCUGAUGCAAGGCUGGGAUUGGACGUAAUGGAAGGGGGUCGAACUGCUUUGGAUAAUAAGACGUCUUUACUUAACACACCGUCUCCGCGGUCUUUUGCUGUCCCACGGUCAAGAGAGUUCGCGCCCUAUGGCUAUGCAGACACAAUCACGGCCUAUGACAAAAGUGCCCUGAAGGAGGCUGUUUUUGAUGAUGACGUGGAUCAGUUCCGAGACUGCCGUCGACAGGACUGUGGUGAGAACAAGAUGGUGCUGCCCAAGGGUUUUACUCCUGAUCUGGUGGCAGACCUACUGAAGGAGCUGUCGAAUCACAAUGAGCGAGUGGAGGAGAGGAAGGGGGCUUUGAUCGAGCUCUUGAAGAUUGCUCGUGAGGACAGCCUGGCUGUGUGGGACGAACACUUCAAAACAAUCCUAUUGCUGCUAUUGGAGACACUCGGGGACAAGGAUCACACUAUCCGAGCGCUGGCUUUACGGGUUCUGAAGGAGAUUCUGAGGAACCAGCCAGCACGCUUCAAGAACUAUGCAGAGCUCACAAUCAUGAAAACAUUAGAAGCUCAUAAGGACUCUCAUAAAGAGGUGGUUCGUGCAGCUGAAGAGGCUGCCUCUACGUUGGCUGGCUCCAUUCACCCAGAGCAAUGCAUCAAAGUGCUGUGUCCCAUCGUACAGACCGCAGACUAUCCCAUCAACCUGGCUGCUAUUAAGAUGCAGACCAAAGUGAUCGAGCGCAUUGCCAGGGAGUCGCUGCAUCAGCUGCUGCCCGACAUCAUCCCUGGCCUCCUACAAGGCUAUGAUAACACAGAGAGUAGUGUUCGCAAGGCCAGUGUGUUCUGUCUGGUGGCCAUCUACUCUGUGAUUGGUGAGGAGCUGAAGCCACACUUGGCCCAGCUCACGGGUAGCAAGAUGAAGUUGCUAAAUCUGUACAUUAAGAGGGCCCAGACCACCAACAGCAACAGCAGCAGUUCUUCAGACGUGUCGUCUCACAGCUAGACAGAUGUACUCUAAUCAGUGCCCUACAUGUGCAUUUGGGAAAAUAGUUGUGCCUCCUCCAGAUAUCCAUUUUUUUUAUUGCUUCAUCACACUCUUGCUGGAUUUUCCCAGAUAGAUGUGUUGCUCACUGCAAUCAGACUUUCCUUUUCGUCCAGCUCCUGAAAGCCUCUUAGUUAAUUUCUCAUGCAUCUUUCCAUCUGUUGAACAUUGAAUGUAAAGGGGUUCAGAUCGAGAAAAAUGCAUGGUGGCUUUUUGAUAGGGAACAGAUCUUCCAUGAUUGGGAUAGCUUCCUAAAUUGGAGCAAACAAGCUACCUUCAGCUUCUGAAGAGGAGAUUCGUUAACUACAUUUAUUAGUAAUAACUUAUUCAUCUUGGCAAGUGCUGUUAAAGGUUCAAUCGAGUUAUUUGGAUAUUUUAAACGGGCACAGUUGGGUUAAGUAACACAUAACUUGAAUCUAAGUUAAUGCUAGUGGAUCAUUUGGCUGGCCGAGUGAUAAAUGUAAAGAAAAGAGAAAAAUUUAAGUAAUUUGUAGGUUUGGCUACAAUGACAACCCAAAAAGAAAUGUAGGAAUAAAACAUUCAUAUAUUCAUUUUUAUUUCAUGGGACCGCAAUAACACAUCCCGUAAGUCUUUAGAAAGUCUAAUGUAAAGCAGUUGUGUUGAUUUUAUUAUAGAAUGGAUUAUUUGUUAUAAAAUGUGAGCCUCACUACAGAAUACAAGGACAAACUUCUGAAUGUACAACUUUUCUUUUCAUCUUUGGAAUAAAAGUGAAAGGUUUGUGAGUAAACGUGCGAGCCACAAAACACUUGGACAUUUCAAAAUUGACAAACACGCAGUCAGAAAGAGUCCGAAACAAGACAAGGAGCGUCUUCAGACAAGAAACAAUGAAGGACACCGAUUAUCACUUUGUUCUUGGAGCAAGAGGAUUGUGAUGGAAAUUUCCAAACUACUCUGCCUUAUGUUCCUUUUUCUGCUUUAAAAACUCUUUAGAUGACUGUUUAGAUGCGUGUCCAGUCCACAGACAUUCUCACUACAUCUCUAAAGCAUGGUGCUGCUAGUUUGCGCAGCACAUGUCUAUGACACUAAUGGAAACCCUCUAAUCUGGCUCGAGAACUAGAGGUGAUGUUAUGUUCUCUGAAAGCUCUGAACUCUUUAUUUUCCUUGUUCAUCCGGAGAUUUUUCCCGUCUGAUGUUACGUGCUGAGCAUUUAGUGUUUUGUACUUACCUUACAAUCAUUGCUUCUCCCUCCCCCACAAAAUUAAGGUAAAAACGAUGUUGCACUCUUUUGCACGUUAUCCGAUAGCUUGCAUGUUUUGACGACAUAACCAUCCCGUGCUGCCGCGACUGACCUAAGUUUGGCUGUUUGUGCCACGUCAGCCGUCUGUAAAUACAGUAUUAUUAUUGUUAUUAUUAAUAUGUUGCCCGUGUGGGGAAGUAAGUGCAAAGCUCAAAUGGGUCUCACAGAGUUUGUCUCAGACUGUGAACCAGGCCAUAUUAGAAAUUAAGGACAGACGUUUGAAAGCAUCCUACUUUCCUUAAGUAUUAUAUACUGGGGCAUGUGGCUUUUAUUGGUAUGCUAAGUGUGCGUACCCUUGUUUGUUGCAGCAUUUCUUUAUAAUUGUUUUUAACCGGUUCAGACCAUGAACCAACAUUUUGGUUUAGACUGGGGCUAUUCAUAGAAAUAAUCUGUUGAUGAAAGAACAAAGCCAACUGUGAGGAUCAACAAUGCAAGUAUUAAGUUAAACGUGGCCCCUUGGUUUUCCUCAAAUGUUGACCUCUAAUGGUAUUCCAUCAAACAAUUCACUACGCAUGUUAGACUUUACGUUUUGUCAUUGGACACAGAUACACUCUUGUAUUUAUAAAUUUGUUAUUUCAUUUCCUGUCCCAAUGUACAGUUUUUGUUGUUUUGUUUUAUUUUUCAAAGGCUUGUGAUAGAUUUACACCAACCUAAGUUUGGCCUAGAAUUAAAACAACCAGAAACAUCAA